AUGAGCCCCGAGGAGAAGCAGCCGGCGCCCGGGAGCCGCAGCCGCGAGGGGCGGCCGCCCCCGGCGCCCCCUCAGGCGCAGCCCGGUCGCGGGCGGCGGCGGGGCGGCCUCCUCAGCGAGAUCCGCACGCCCAUCCGCACGGAGCCCUUCCAGGAGCGCUACAGCCUGAGCCCCGGCAGGGAGCUCGGCAGAGGAAAAUUUGCAGUGGUGAAGAAGUGCAUCCAGAAAGGAACUGAAAAAGAGUUUGCAGCAAAAUUCAUGAGAAAAAGAAGAAAGGGCCAAGAUUGUCGAAUGGAAAUAAUCCAUGAAAUUGCAGUUCUUGAGUUGGCACAGUGCAACCUUUGGGUCAUUAACUUGCAUGAAGUUUAUGAAACUGCAACAGAGAUGAUUUUAGUCCUGGAAUAUGCUGCCGGAGGUGAAAUUUUUGACCAGUGUGUGGCKGAGAGGGAGGAAGCCUUCAAAGAGAAAGAUGUUAAGCGACUUAUGAAGCAAAUUUUGGAAGGAGUUUCCUUCUUGCACAGAAACAAUGUGGUUCAUCUCGACUUAAAGCCCCAGAAUAUUCUGCUAACCAGUAAAUCCCCCCUGGGUGACAUAAAGAUAGUUGACUUUGGUCUUUCCCGAAUAAUGAAGAGCAGUGAGGAACUAAGAGAAAUUAUGGGAACUCCAGAAUACGUAGCUCCUGAAAUUCUGAGUUAUGACCCAAUCAGUACAGCAACAGACAUGUGGAGCAUUGGAGUCCUGGCGUAUGUCAUGUUGACCGGGAUAUCGCCCUUCUUGGGAGAUGACAAGCAAGAAACGUUCUUAAAUAUAUCUCAGAUGAACGUCAGUUACUGUGGAGAAGACUUCGACCUUAUAUCAGAGUCUGCUGUGGAUUUCAUCAAAACGCUGCUGGUUAAAAAGCCCGAGGAGCGGGCAACUGCCGAAGAGUGUCUGCAGCACCCGUGGCUGCAGCAGAGCCAGCCCGCGGCCCCCCGCGCCUGGGGCGAGAGACCGGCCGAGGAGAGCGGCGCUGCCCGGAGGGAGGCAGCUUCUGCCCCCGGGAAAGCCGGCGAGGCCGAGAAGGAUGCCGAGGAAGAGGCGCUCGUGACGGAAGAGCUGAUCGUGGUGGCCUCCUACACGCUGGGACAAUGCAGGCAGUCAGAGAAAGAAAAAGUAACUGAGCAAAAAGCCAUUUCCAAGCGAUUUAAAUUUGAGGAACCUUUGCUGCAGGAGUUACCGGGAGAAUUCAUUUACUGAACUGUGUGGAGGAGCUUCRUAGCGGUAACUGGAAGGCAGGGGUUUCUACUAAACAACCAAUAUCUUAGCCAAGGGAAUCUCUGAUAUGCAAUAGAUGUUCUAGAUAAACGAAAAUGUUCAGAAAUGGCAACUAAGGAAAAUGUGCCAAGCUUUUAAUUUUGUGGAACAGUUAAACAAGGUUUCAGUGGCUGACAGGAAUUUAACAAGGAUAAAAACUUAUUUUUGUUUGCAUCUUUAUUUCUCAUUUUUGUCUCUGGAUAGCAGAGUCUUUGUUGAUUAUUCCAGUGUUCUGGAGAAGUUGACAGGAGAGGGAGAGUUUCAGUGACAGAUGCCAAAAGGGGAGGGUUUUGUUUGUUUCUUUSUUUGUGUAGGAUAUAUUUUGCCAUUUAAUGCACAUAUAUACUGCUGGGUUUUCUUCAAACCCCUUUUCCUCACCCCUGACUUCAGUGGAGCGCUCUGCUGAUCUAACAGUUGUCCAAGGAGGGACGGCGCCGGGCUCGACCCGCGGAUUUCG